AUGUUUAAUGGAUUUAUUGGAGGAGAUGACGGAGAGCCAACUCCAGAUACGUCAGAGACUGUGCAAAUAUCAUCGCUUGCAUUGUUGAAGAUGCUUAAACAUGGAAGAGCGGGAAUUCCUUUGGAGGUUAUGGGGCUGAUGCUUGGAGAGUUUGUUGACGAGUACACGGUAAAAGUUGUUGAUGUGUUUGCGAUGCCCCAGAGCGGUACGAAUGUGACAGUGGAGUCUGUGGAUCCCAUAUUCCAGAUGGAAAUGAUGGAGAUUCUGAGUUCAACGGGAAGACAGGAGAUUGUUGUUGGAUGGUACCACAGUCAUCCGGGCUUUGGAUGCUGGUUAAGCACUGUUGAUAUCAGCACGCAGCAGAGCUUUGAAAAGCUGUGCAAGCGAGCCGUGGCUGUUGUGGUUGAUCCGAUUCAGAGUGUGAAGGGAAAAGUUGUGAUUGAUGCAUUCAGGCUGAUUGACAAUCAGAUGGGGGUACUUGGAGUGGAGCCUCGACAAGUUACAUCGAACAUUGGGCAUUUGAAAACACCCACUCUUAUUUCUAUGAUACAUGGGCUGAACAAGCAUUAUUACUCGUUCAACAUAACGUGCAGGAAAAACGAGCUUGAGCAGAAGAUGCUGCUGAACUUGCAUAAGAAGACAUGGGCUGACUGCCUCAAGUUCAGAGAUGUUGAUAAUGGAGGAGAAGAGAUGCUGAAGCGAAUUGAGAGCUAUGGAAAGGCAUGUGAGGAAGAGAAGAUGCUUGCAGGAAAGGACAUGGGUGUGGCCAAAGUUGGAAAGAUCGACCACAGAAGACGGCUUCUAGAGAAAUGUGAGGAAGAUAUCAUGGAAAACACAAUCUUUAGUCUUCUGUAUUCCAUCCAUAGGUAUGUGUUUAGUCAAUAA